AUGGUUUCUUCUCCACCCCUUGCACCCACUUUACGAGUUCCAGAUAUUCCUGAUUCUGUUCACCCACCCAUUCCCGGGGAGAAUCACCGUUAUUACGGCAAUAUCCAUAAAAAACAGGUAAAACUCCCCACUAAUACCAACACUCAGACUUCUCGUGCUUCUCGAAAUGACAUUGAUGGUUCUGUGGAAAAUGACAUGACUAUUCAUGAAGCAACUGCCGCCGGAAACAUGGCUAGAGUUAAGGAAUUGCUUGAUCCUCGUGGUUCCGGUGAAACUACUUCCUCUUUCUUACUUGCUAACGAAGCAAGCCCAUCUUCUGGUUUAACUCCACUACAUUAUGCUGCCUCGCGUGGCCACCUAGAAAUCGUACAGUGGUUAAUUGCCGAUGCUGGCGCUAUUGUAGAUCUUGAAGACCAAACCGGUGAGACAGCUCUUCUGAAAGCCUCUUACACUGGACAUGCUGCUGUUGUGGAUUGGCUUUUGCAAAAGACUGCCAAUGUUGAACAAAAAGAUAACGAUGGAUGGACUGCCUUACAUAAUGCUUCUGCUCAGGGUUACUUAUCGAUUGUUAAACAUUUAUUAGAGAAUGCUAAUGCCGAUGUGGAUGUUAAAAGCAACAAAGGGCAUACUCCAUUAAGUGAGUUAGAUUAUCUCCAAUUGAAUGCUGCAUCAAAGGGGCAUGUUGAUAUCGUCGAAUAUCUGUUAGAUCGUGGUAAUGCAAAUCCACUUAUUAAAAAUAGUUUUGGAGAAACCGCAUAUGAUGCGGCUGCUACCUCUCAAGAAGUAUAUAUUUGUGAAUUGCUAGAAAAAGCUGAACGUGAAUGGUGGAAGGGUAAAAAACCAGUGCCAGAAGCGUCCUCCUUAAACGACCUAAUGCAUAUACCAGAUACGAGUCAACCAUAUGAUCUUUAUUCAUUUCACAUUACAGUACCCGUUGUUCUUCAUGAAAAUCAACGAUCAUCAGCAUCUUUUGGUCUAUCUAUUCGUGGCCCUUCAAAAUAUUCGGCUAAUAGUCUCUUGAAAAGUGAUGUUCGUGGUCCUUGGUCCCACCAUCCUAGUGGGAAACCUCAAUCUAAGGAAAAUUGGCAAAUUGAUCUUACUCAUCCACGUGUAGACGCACAAGGGUGGCAAUACUCUAAAAACUUUGAUGAUCCUGACGUAAUUUGGACUGCAUCGCCACAAUCAAACAGUAGUGGUUGGGUCCGAAGGAGGAGAUGGGUGCGUGUUAUGAAACGUCGUGUGGAUAUCACUGAAAGUGGAUUACAGCUUGUUUCAAGUAGUGAAAACGAUCCUCCGGAUUAUAUUGAAAAGGCUGAAUCUAUUGUUAAAAAAAAUUCUGAUAAUAAUAGUAAAGGAAAGGCCGUUGACCUUUCAUACUCUGACCAGCUUGCAAGGUAUAAAGAAGCGAUUGAAAUUUUAUCAUCAGGAAUUAAAAAAGCCAUAUCUCUAGUUAGAAGCUUUAUGCAACAUGCAGAAUAUUUAGAGAAUAUGGUAAAGGGAAUGGGAAUUGAUGCUCCUCCACGAAGUCCAAGUCUCCAUGAUGUUCCAAUAACUCCAAAUUUGUCAAAGUCUCCGUCCCCAACUCCAACACCAUUUCGGUCAGAUAUAUUACCAAAGUCCCCGAAAAUAACUGAUACGGGUAUAAUUACUAAUCUUAGAGCACCAUCAACUGCAAGCUUUGAGACGAUCGAGAAUCCUUGGAACAAUGCUGUUCAAAGUGAAGAUGUCGGUAUUACUCAACCAUCGAUUUAUGAGAACCAAAUUGUGUCCCCCACCAGAGUACAUCCUCAAACAAGUGUCAACAUGACGAAUGUCCCUGGACAUUCUAUAUCUACGGGUUAUAAGUGGGAAAAUGAUGAAGAUGUAAAUGAGCGAUGCGGACAAGUAGUGUGCGCUAAAUGUUCCAGUGCACGAGUUCAUUUGCCACCUCAACAGGUUCUCUAUAAUCCCUCUGGAAAUGGUGAAGCCAGCCAAACUUCUCAGUCCCAUCGCGUCUUCACAUCAACUACAUUGACCGGAGGUGCAUCAUCUGUUAGUAACAGCAGACGUAUGAGUAAUAGUUCAACCAUGACUGAAUGCCCUGCUUGUAGCAUAUCGUUAAGCAAAGUUGGAGGAAAACCUGCCCAAGAAGAACACGUCCGGAACUGUUUAGAAAACAAGAAUGGAAAUAGCGUUAGCGGUUAUAAAUAUGUGGAUGCAUUAUGUUAUCUUUUAGAAGUAGACGAUGAAGUUCGAAUAAUGUUAGAUUGCGGGUGGAAUGAUGAAUUUAAUGUAGAAGAUUUAAAACAUUUGAGAAGAGUCGCUAAGCAGGUUGACGCACUUCUUCUCUCGCAUCCUGAUCUUUCACACUUGGGAGCUUAUCCCUAUGCAUAUGGACAUUUUGGGCUUUCGUGUCCUGUGUACGCGACAGUACCGGUAGUUCACAUGGGACGGAUGUGCAUGUAUGAUAUUUUUCAAUCAAAGGUGAAUGAAGCUAAAUUUGACACUUUUGCAUUGGAUAAUGUCGAUGCUGCAUUUGAAAAAGUGAAUACAUUAAAAUAUUCACAGCCAAUGGUGUUGGGAGGUAAAUAUGGGUAUAAAGAACUUUCCAAAUAUCCAGGACCUAAAGUUGUCCUUGCAAGUAACUCUAGUUUGGAUACAGGAUAUGCACGAGAUCUUUUACUUGAAUGGGGAAUAUCUGAAUCAAAUGCUCUCAUAUUGACUGAUAGGGGAUCACCUAAUUCGUUGGCAAGAAAAUUAUAUAAUGAAUGGGAUAGGCUUAGUCAGUCGAAUGAUGGGCCUGUUAAGCCUUCUGUUAAUUUAAAUUUGACAAUGAAUCUUUUGGUAUGUCAAACUUUACGUCCUCGAAGCUAUGAUAAACAAUUUAAAUUUUUUACCACGUUAUUAACUAUUAAUAUAGAUAAAGAAGAAGAAUAUAAGUCUGAGCUUCGUAAAAGGCAAGAACGUGAAGCAGCACAAGCAGCUUUGAUUGCAAAAAGUUUAUCAAUAAUAGAGGAUGAUGAAUCAGAUGAAUCAGAAUCUGAGAUAGGAGAUACAGAUAUAGAAGAGUUACUGUCCAAGCAUUUUGAUCUUUAUGUACGUGAUGCGACGAAAUACGGAGGAUUCUUUAAACAGACUCAGAGCUAUUUAAUGUUUCCUUAUGUUGAAAAAAGAAAAAGAUAUGAUGAUUACGGAGAAAUUAUACAAGUGGAUCAGUUCGCUAGGGGAAUUGGAGAUGAAAAUGCAGGAAAUAUUGAUGUCAAUGGAGAUAAAGUUGAUAUGAGUAGUGAUAAAGAUGAAAUUCGACGAAUAUUUUUUCCGGAGUCAAAUGUUCCAACAAAAUACGUAUCUUAUGAACAUGAAAUUAAAUUUAAAUGCCAAGUGAGAUUUAUUGAUUUAGAAGGAACAAAUGAUGAAGCAACUAAUGAUUUUGCCCAAAGUUGUCUGGCGAUAAGAUCAAUGACGCGAGAUAUUUACACACCUGAUGUUGGAGAAGUUUUAAAUGUAUCAGCUGCUAUAAAUUUUUAUCAGGUUAAAUUAACCGAUGCUUUAGUUAGCUCCUUAAAACUUUCAAAGCUUGAAGAUUAUGAUAUUGCAUUUGUAAACGGAAAAAUAUCCUUUCCACCUGAUUCUUCUUUACCAGUAUUGGAUGUGGUGCCAAUAGAAGAACUAAGUUCUGGGACUCAUAAUCCCGUCUUUGUUGGUGAAGUUAAGCUAACAGAAUUGAAACGCGUAUUGCAGUCAGAAGGCAUAACAGCAGAAUUUAAAGAUGAAGGAGUACUAGUGUGUAAUGAAAAAGUUGCUGUCCGAAAGACUCCGAACGGGCAAUUAAUUUUGGAAGGAUCAUUAUCCGAUGAUUAUUACAAAAUCAGAUCAAUAAUAUAUGCACAGCAUGCUAUUUUAUAG